GGGGCCGGCGCCGCCGCCGAGUUGCGAGUCGGCGACAGCGGCGGGAAGUUCGUACUGGGCGGGAAGCGGCGGCCGCGCUGCUCGGGGUCUGUCUCUUCACUAGAGUGACUCUGCCGCGGGGCCCGUGUCCGUGAGGCCUUGGGGACAAGUCCUCGGCGCAGAUCUCAGCUCUCCCCUUGCAAGAAAAUGCCGCGCGUGAAGGCAGCUCAAGGCGGAAGACAAGGGCCUGCCAAGAGGCAACUUGCAGAGCACUUUGCCGCGGGAGAGAUAAUCACCGACAUGACGAAAAAGGAAUGGAAACUGGGCCCGCCCAUCGGCCAGGGCGGCUUCGGGUGCAUCUACCUGGCUGAUAUGAAUUCUUCAAAAUCUGUCGGCAGUGACGCACCCUGUGUGGUAAAAGUGGAGCCCAGCGAUAAUGGACCUCUUUUUACCGAAUUAAAAUUCUACCAGCGAGCUGCCAAAGCGGAGCAAAUUCAGAAGUGGAUCCGCGCCCACAAACUGAAGUACCUGGGCGUGCCUAAGUACUGGGGCUCCGGCCUUCACGAGAAGAACGGCAAAAGUUACAGGUUCAUGAUAAUGGACCGCUUUGGGAGUGACCUUCAGAAGAUCUAUGAAGCCAGUGCCAAAAGGUUCUCUCGGAAAACCGUCUUGCAGCUGAGCUUGAGAAUCCUGGAUAUUCUGGAAUAUAUCCACGAGCAUGAGUACGUGCACGGCGAUAUCAAGGCCUCGAACCUCCUGCUGAGCACCAAAAACCCCGACCAGGUGUACUUGGUCGACUAUGGCCUUGCCUAUCGCUACUGCCCGGAAGGGAUCCACAAGGAGUACAAGGAGGACCCGAAGAGAUGCCACGACGGCACCUUGGAGUUCACCAGCAUCGACGCACACAACGGCGUGGCCCCAUCAAGACGUGGUGACUUGGAGAUACUUGGUUACUGCAUGGUCCAGUGGCUGAGUGGCCACCUUCCUUGGGAGGACAAUUUGAAAGACCCCAACUACGUUAGAGACUCCAAAAUUAGAUACAGAGAAAAUAUUGCAAGUUUGAUGGACAAAUGUUUUCCUGGGAAAAACAAGCCAGGUGAAAUUGCUAAAUACUUGGAAACAGUGAAAUUCCUGGACUAUGCUGAGAAACCUCUUUAUCAAAAUCUACGCGAUAUUCUUUUGCAAGGACUUAAAGCUAUAGGAAGUAAGGACGAUGGCAAACUGGACCUCAGUGUUGUGGAGAACGGAGGUUUGAAAGCAAAAACCAUAACAAAGAAGAGGAAGAAAGAGCAGGAGGAAGACGCUGAGUCUGGCGUGGAGGAGAUGAGCUGCUCCAGCGCGCAGAUGGAGGACGCCGUCCAGACACGUUCGAAAACCAGAAAGAGAGUCCGGAAGUAAAUCAAAUGCCAUGAACCAGUUUGUUUUUUCUUUUCUUUCC